AUGAGUUCACUCACUUCUUUUGUGAUUGAUCACCUACUCACUCAAAAUCGUAUAACCGAAUAUCCUGAGAACAUUGCAAAAUUAAUUGAUACAGCAGCUUGGAUUCCUCCAACGUGUGGUUUAUCCGCAAUAUUAGUUGGUACCUUAUUUCCAGUAGCCGAUUAUUGGCUUAAAAGGAAACCUCAAGAAUUUCAAAGAGAAUGGAGUAACGUUGUGAGGUGUUUAGGUGGAUUUAUUGGAAUUGCUUAUGCUGCAACGUGUAUUCUAUAUUCAUCAUCAAUAUGUUUUGGUACACUGGGAAGACAAUUGAUGGUCAUACCGGAAGAAUGGUUUGAUGAUGAGAAAGAAUUAAUGUUCAAUAUGGAGAAGUUAAGAUUAUAA